CACGCAUUAUUCACGCGCUUCUGGUGGACGCGAUAAAAAAAAUCGGAGUGCCACCUCUGGAAGGGCCUUCGUCGAUUUAGCGAGAUUGGAAUUCGUGGCUGGACCCUUCCAGGUCGCGUCGGCAUGGCGAGCAUAGCGGCCGCCGGUCUCGAGGUGCACGAGGCGGGUCGAGCGUUACGCGUGCAAACGGAAACACCGCAUCUCGUCUCCAUGGGAAGCGGUCGACUGUCGACGGCCGUGACUUUGCAUCCUCUACCCACAGGUAAGAUCACGCUUGGAUCAAACCGAGAUGCGGACAUUUUGGUGGCCGGCACCGGCAUCGAACCCGUGCAUUGUGCUAUCGAGAACAAUAAUGGUGUGGUCACUUUGUACCCCAUAAAUGGCAAUACGUUUGUCGAUGGUGUACCGAUAAAUUCACCAGUGAGACUCGCGCAAGGUUGCAUGCUAUCGAUAGGUCGGUCGAAUUACAUGCGCUUUAAUCAUCCAGCCGAGGCUAAACACCUACGAUCUGUCUUUCCCCACUCGAGAAUCUCAAUGGCGCCGAUAAGUUUUGCUCCUCCUGACGGCCAGACGCAGGAGAAUCAUCACUUAGAGCGAAAGCCACCAGUUGCACCGCGGAAAUCUCCCAGGAACUCUUGCUCCGACGACGAGAUGGGCUUUCUAAGCAAGCUGACCAAGUUCGAGAUGCUGUCGAAGCAAAACAGAACCAAUUGCGUUUCACCGAAGGUUUUCCCCGCCGACGCUCUCACGACAAAUGUGCCAGCCGACCAGAUCCUCGGUCACUCGAGAUCGUCGAGCCUGGUGUCCUUGUCGAAAUCUCCGGCGAACGGUUUUACCGUGAACGGUAAUGUCGAAUCGGUGUCGCAGAAUUCGAUUGCUUAUCACGGCGGGACUUGUCAGCGAUCGGAUUCGCGUCUCAGUAACUCAGCAACGGCAACUCGUUCGAACGCAGUCAGCUUGCAAUGCCAGAGUCACAAUCAGAUCAGGAUGUACUCAGCGGAAGCAUAUCUAAAAACGUGCAAGCCGUACCAUGAGAAUAACAACAAAAACGCCCAAUCGCCGUCGUCUUUCGGAAUGACGUCUCCAAAGAUCGUCACCGCUCGAAGCGACGACCUGAUGUCUCGAAGUAUGACUUGUCAGAGCUCGAACGACCUCGACCAUCUCGUCGAUAGGGACUUCGACAUGAGUCAAAGCCUUAUCGUCACGAAAACGACUACGACGGAAUUUCUACAGUUGGAGAAAUACGGAUCGAAUCCGAGUAUCUGUAACGCGAACACCAGCGGAGACGCCGGCGUCGGAAUCUCGAGACCAUCUACCGCUCAGGGCUUCGGCUCGAAUCCAAAUGUUAAGCGAAUUCUACCACCAAGCCCGGCAUUUAAUCGAAAUCCGAGAUACAGCGAGCAAAAGAGGAUUUACGCGAGAGUCAAGAGUCCCACCCCGAGUGUCGGUAGCAAUUGCUCCCUCGAAGAGCUGCGAGAAAGGCAAGCUGACGCGGAGAACAAACGCAGGGAGGCGGAGACCAAGCGGAAACAAGCGCAGGAAGAGAGGUUGCGGGAGCAAGAGGUCGAGAGGCAGGAGAAAAUGAGGCUCGAGGAAAUCUUGGCAAUGUGUGCCGAAUACGAAAGACAAAGCACCGUCGAAAAGCCGAGGCAGCCUAAUCGGAUUAUAACAAACGGAUCUCUUCCGCGCGAUAAGAGACUCGGCUAUGCUUCUUCUUUCGACAGUCCUAAGAGCCCGUCGAAAAAUCAACCGCACUUCUCCUUCGACGUUGGCAAGCAAAUCAAUGUUUGGGGAGGUACCUCGUCAUACGAGAACGUAUCCAUGCAAAAUUCUAAAAUGAUUUUCCAAAAUGGCAACUCACCUAUCAUCGGUCGUAAGGAUCAAUCUGCUCAAGUUGAAAAUUAUUCGUGUGACGUUACCGCAGAAUCGUCACACGCAAUUAUACCGAGUAACAACCAACCGACGAAGUAUUCUAACGUUCAAAAUACGAAUGGCAAUGGUAGCUUCUCAGGCUCGAUUUCUCGUUGCGGCAACUACGAAAACGUUAUCAUCGGCAAUAAAAAAACCGGCAGCUAUACCGAUGGAACGGGAAAUAUAAAGGCUGAUAAUGAUACCAAAGGCUCGCCGUCCACGUACGGAACGAUUCGACUGAACGGUACGAAAAUCGAACCACAACAAGCAGCGCAAAAUGGGAGCACGAAUAUUUACGAAAAUAUCGUGUUAUCACCGACAACGCGAAAAAACAAUCAGAAUCAUUCCAUGCCAAAGAAAAGCAGCCAAUUGUCGAACUCGUGCGAGAUGAUAGAAAACAAGCUGGCCAUAUCGAACGACGAUCUUCUUGAGGCGAUCGAGCAGUUAUCUAUGCUUUCAAAAUCCAAAGAAAUCUGCGUGACUCCUAAGCGAAACAAUUCUGAAAUGGACAACGCAAAGUCCAACGAGGCGAAAGCCGACAAAGAGAGGAAACAGCUAGAAGAGGAAGACAAGAAGAAGUAUAUAGAAUUUCUGCAGAAUGAGAAAUUACAUAUUCUUGGCAAUAUGGAUGCUUUGAAAAGGAGCGUUGUCGAAAUUGAAACUCAAGAGGAAGAAGUCAGUAGAGAGCUCGAAUUGGAGAAAGCACUUCUAUCCGCGGAGUAUGAAUCGGAAUCUCUGAAGCUCACGCAAGACGAAGGAGAGAAGAUAAAGGUGCAAAUGCGAAUAAAUGAACUGGAGAGAGAAAUGGCGGAGGAUAACGCGACUCAUUCGAAUUUGCAAACUGAAGCGAAACAACGUGUUCAAAAGGCUCAACAAACUUGCGCUUGGCUAGACGAACAGUUGACCAAUUGUACGGAUGAAAUUAUACAGCAGGAUAUUGCCGACAAGCUAGCGACGCAGCAAGACACAUUAGAGAGCGAAAGAAAAGCUUUCGAGGACUUGGAGUUUCAUCAUCUCGAAGAAGAGGCGAGUAAAUUGGCCACGAGAGAAGAGCUACAAAGAUACUUGACGGAUCUUACAAGCAAGAUCGAAGGUAGAAAGUCGCAACUGACUCAUCUAGAAUCACAGCGAACCGAGGUGAAGAACACGGCGACUAAAGAUGCUAGAAGUCUAGAGAGACAGAAAUUGGGACAUUUGAAGCGAUUGGAAGAAGCUCGAAAUCGAAUACGAGAGAUAAAUGAAGAGCUCGGCUAUCUCGCCCAAAACUCUGCUGAAUACUCCGAGGAAAAAAGAUCUCCGAGUAGAGAAGACUUUGAUAGAAUCUCCAGAGUGACCAAUGAUUCUCCUAUCGUAAAUAAUCAAGGUAGCUUAGGAAGAAAAACGAUCGAAUCGCUGAAAGAAAUUGAAAGGAAUCGGCAGCUUCAUUUAGCUAAACAAGGGAGCCAAGUAAUUUCGGAGGAGAGACGUAGAGUCGAAGAAUUAAAGAGGCGCGUGCAGGAUGAGGUACGUUCGCAGUGGGAAGAAAGAAAAAUGAACUGUGCGUCUUUCAACAGCGUCGAAUCUGGUGAAGAAUCUUCCAGUUACUCCACCGGACCAACAGAGAGUGGUAGCGGAAGUACCGACAGCGCGGAAGGUGGAACCAGCGAAAAAUUAUCCCCUAGCAAACUUUCGGAACUUACUUCACCCAGUCCAGGGCCAUCAAACAAUUCUUAUAGUUUACUUCAAAAUGACAAU